AUGCCAACCAAGCCCAUCAAUGCUGUCUGCACCAUGGCAACGCGCGAGUGCGUUGCCGAGCUUGCGCUGUUCCACCGAGCGCUCCGCACGUUUCAUCCAACCCUGCCCCUCUACCUCGGCUGCAGCAGCGAGGUCCGCGACGCCGCGGAGGCGGCCACCGAUGCCACUGCCCCGCUGCGGGCUCUGCGCGACGACGCGCAUGUGCGGUGGGUGCCGUGCCUCGACCAGUACGGCCCGGUCAUCUCUCGCACGGAAAUGGAGCGCCAGCGCGGCGUGUGGUACCCCGCACGGCACGCUGACUUCAUGAUGGAGAAGGCCAAUCUAAUGGAGCUAGCGAUGAUGACAACAAAGGCGAACACGCCAACCGUAGCGUUCCUCGACUGCGACAUCACCCUGCUGCGCGAACUGCCCUGCGUGCCGGCAGCUGCGGCUGUUGCCCUGUCGCCGCACUGGAUUCGCGAAGCCGACGAAGCCGUCUUCGGAGCCUUCAACGGUGGCUACGUAGUCGCCAGCACGCCGGAGGUGCUGUGGGAGUGGCGACGCGCCACGCAGACGUCACGGUACUUCGACCAGGCUUCACUGGAGCACGUGGCGGCUAUCUUUGAGCGGCGCGCGCUGCUGCACCAACUCCCACCGCAGCACAACUACGGGUUCUGGCGCCUCCUUCAGCCGCGUUGCGGGAGUGUUGUGGACGAGGCGAAGCGCUUCUCCAUCGCACCUGCGCCGCCAUCGGGCAGCGGGCAGCAGCCAGCGGCGACGGUUGUCCACUACGAUGGCGCGCCGCUUUGCUCUGUCCACGCGCACUUUUUCGCGCCAAACCCUCCGCGGGACGUGCGCCUGUUCUGCGCGGUGCUGCGGCGCUGGCUGGGGCGCUGCCGCCCCGCCUGUGCGGCCGCCCUCGCCCCGACGCCCCGGGCGCCAGCAAGAGACCCGCCGCGCAGCGCCUAA